GGCCUGUGCGGAAGCGGGAGCCGGCGGAGGGAAGAGCAUGGCGGAGCAAGAGCCCGAGCCUCUGCGCCUGAAGCGGCUGCACGGCGGCUUCUUCGCGGUGCCUGCCGCACACCGGCUGGGAAGAUGCCGGAGCGUCAAGGAGUUCGAGAAGCUGAACCGGAUCGGAGAAGGGACCUACGGCAUCGUGUAUCGUGCCCGAGAUACGCAGACGGGGGAGAUUGUGGCUCUGAAGAAAGUGCGGAUGGACAAAGAGAAAGACGGAAUCCCCAUCAGCAGCCUGAGAGAAAUCACUCUGCUGCUGAAGCUCCAGCACCCGAACAUCGUGGAGCUGAAGGAGGUGGUGGUGGGCAAUCACCUGGAGAGCAUUUUCUUGGUGAUGGGCUACUGUGAGCAGGACCUGGCCAGCCUCCUCGAGAACAUGCAGGUUCCCUUCUCCGAAGCCCAGGUGAAGUGCAUCGUUCUCCAGGUUCUCCACGGUCUUCAGUAUCUGCACAACAACUUCAUCAUCCACAGGGACCUCAAGGUGUCCAACUUGCUCAUGACUGACAAAGGUUGCGUGAAGACAGCGGACUUUGGGCUGGCUCGUGCCUACAGGGUCCCCCUGAAUCCCAUGACUCCAAAAGUGGUGACAUUGUGGUACCGGGCCCCUGAGCUCCUCUUGGGCACAACCACGCAGACCACGGCCAUCGAUAUGUGGGCGGUGGGCUGCAUCUUGGCGGAAUUGCUGGCCCAUAAGCCUCUGCUGCCUGGGAGCUCCGAGAUACAGCAGGUUGACCUGAUUGUGCAGCUGCUGGGCACCCCAAACGAGACCAUCUGGCCCGGUUUCUCCAAGCUGCCCCUGGUGAGCCAAUACACCCUCCGCAAGCAGCCUUACAACAACCUGAAGCACAAGUUCGCCUGGCUGUCGGAGGCCGGCCUUCGUCUCCUGAACCUGCUCUUCAUGUAUGAUCCCAAUAAAAGAGCCACGGCCGGAGACUGCUUGGAGAGCUCUUACUUCAAGGAGAAGCCGUGGCCCUGUGAACCGGAGCUGAUGCCAACUUUCCCCCAUCAUCGCAACAAGAGGGCCGCCCCGAGCACAGGAGGGGAGUGCCUGGGCAAACGUCACCGGCCGUGAGACGGCAGCUUCGGAGGGCGCCUGAAAGCCCUGUGGAAACCAAGCAGGCUCUCCGGGCGCUGGGAGAACAAGCGGAGCAGCCAAGAAGGGAGCAAACCUGAAGGCCGGCAACCUUCCCAAGACAGCCGCAACUGAAAGGGCAGCAGGUGGGAAGCGUCCCGGCAGAUGCCUCCCAGGCUUGGAGCGCGAGCCUUCCUUCCAGAGAGCUGCUCCUUGGCGCGGCUCUGCUCUGUGGCCGGAGCCGGUCAGCUGAGCCCUUUGGAAGACUUUUCAAUAAAGACUUUUCUCCCAGUC